AUGGUUCAAAUAAUCUCGAAAAAAACAGUCUCAUUCAUCGGCCAAAAGAUGGCCACUCAAAUCGAUGAGCAACUUUUCAGCAAGUACGGAUUCAAAGUCGAACAGCUGAUGGAGUUGGCCGGUUUGGCCGCUGCUCAGGCUAUCGCUGCUCACUAUCCAAAGAGCAACGUCGCCGUCUUGUGUGGACCCGGAAACAACGGAGGCGACGGAUUCGUGUGUGCCAGACACCUUCAACAAUUUGGCUUCAACCCAUCCAUCGUCUACCCGAAGGAAUCCAAAAACGAGCUAAUGAAGAGUCUCGUAACUCAAUGCGAAACCUCGUCCAUCCCAAUACAACCCACUCUUCCCACCGAUCUUCACACCUUCCCACUCAUCGUCGACGCUCUUUUCGGCUUCUCCUUCCAACCACCACCACGCGAACCAUUCACUCAAAUUCUGAAGACAGUGCGUGCGUCUGGAAUUCACGUCUUCUCAAUCGAUAUCCCAUCUGGAUGGGAUGUGGAGAGGGGUGCACCAGAAGACACUUCAGAUGACGUCAUCCACCCACACGCCGUUAUCUCGUUGACACUUCCAAAAAUCUGCAUGAGAAACUGGACAGGUCCACACUUUCUCGGUGGCCGUUUUGUUCCAUGUGGAUUAGUGGAGGAGAUGCAACUCCAGAUGCCAGAAUAUCCAGGAUUCGAGCAAAUUGUGAAGGUGGAAGAUUAG